GAAUGGGCGGAAGAUAAUGGGAAGUCAAAGUGAAUUGGGCAACAACCCCCAGCAGUCAAAAGAAAGAUACAAGCAGUAAGUUCAUUUGAUGCCCUGUGGGCAUUUGUUGUAUUAUACCCCAUAGUUCUAUUGUAAAGCAUAUAACAUCAUACAUGUUUGCAGUAAUAUUUUGAUCGUUAUCCUGAUAUGAUUUAAUAUGUUUGUGUUAAUAAAUUUAAGAACAAAUCUAAUCUUUGUCAUCAGGUAGUACCGUUGUCAGCACACAGCGUUCACAAGGUAAUUGUAUCUUCUUAAACAUAAAAUGAACUCUCUUGAAAGGGUAUUCACUAACCACCUCAAAUUUUUUAUGUGAUAUUGGUUGGGGGGAGCGGGGUGGAAGGAUAUAGUAUUUUUAUUUGUUUCUGGCCAUAUUUUCCCCUUCUUCCCAUUGUUGACCAAGUGUGGCUUGUCCACGGCUUUGUUGCUAGUUCAAGCUCUCUGUCCCCUGUGGUAGCAGCUGAUGUCUUAGAAAUACUUUCACCACCUAAAGGGCAAGAUACCUUACUUUCCUGAGGUCACCUGGGCUUCAUACCCAGAUCUUCCAAGUGCUCAAGUUGCUCCUGAAACAGUGUUUCCAGAAGAGCAACCCAGUGUGUUGCUUAAGGCCUGCAAAUAGGGGUAACUUUUCUUUCCAAAUCUACUUUGUCAAAGUUGAUAUAUGUGUCCAUUUUAAAGGGUUCUUCAGCAAGUUUGGCUUUUCACAUGUUUCUUUUGAGAAUUGUUUUUAAAAACCAGAAACCAAAGCUUCACAUAUGGGAUGGCUAUUUCUCUCCAAUGUUUGUUUAAUGGUACUGAUAUAAAGUGAAGGGAUUAUUGUUUUCAUUCUGUUGCCUUCAGUCUUAGUUCACUUGCACACGGAUCACAUAAACUGAAUGGUGUAAUGUCUGGGCAGCCAAAACUGUUGGCUUUUGAGAAACUGUCAAAUACUUUAACAUCAAACUGUUGCAAUGCAAGGUAUUUCUUUGAUUGUUCUUCACAAAAUAGUGGCUAAACCAAGUAUUUCAUGUAGUUAGCAUCAGUAAACUGCCUUAAAUAAGGCAGAUCUAGUCUUCGUGACUCGCAAUACCACUACUCAAUUGUAAUUUAUAAAGCAUAGAUAUAGUAAUAAAAUGAAUAACAGUAAAUAAUUAUUAUUAGAAUGAUAACUAAGUCUUACUUUUUUUGCAGAACUGAAAGUUUUUAUGUUAUUAGUUUGUUUCCUAGACUCUUGUAAUGAUUGACUUUAAGUAGACAGUGCCUGGCAGCUUCUGGGAGCUAUUGGUCUUUUUAGAAGACUCUUUCCUGUGUUGUUACUUUGAGUUGUUAUGUUUAAGACUGGUAGGAUUUUAUAGUGAGGACAGUAUUUUAUACUUGAUUGUAUAUAUAGUCUGUGCAUUAUUUUAAGAAUUCUUUAUUUGUAUCAAUUGUAGUGUUUAAGUUCUGAAGUUGUGUUUUUCUCUUCACUCCCUCCUUCCUUUGUAAGAUCACUUCCAUGUGUUUGUUGGUGACCUCAGCCCAGAAAUCACAACUGAAGACAUCAAAGCAGCUUUCGCACCGUUUGGGAGAAUUUCGUAAGUAACAAAAGAUAAAUAAAACACUUAAGUAGAAGAGAUCUUAUGUAAUAAUAACUAUAUAACUUUGUUGUGACUGUGAACCUUAAUUUUAACCUUUUAAAUAUAGCAUAUUUCAUUGUUUAGCUAUCAUCCAAGAGUCUUAACAGCAGGUUGUGUUCCCACUAAUGAGUACUUGAUCUUGGGUCAUCUUAGACCCUUGCUCAGCAGCACUUCCUCAGGCUGCUGUCAUAGACAUUCAAACCUCCUGGAAGUGUUGUGCUAUAAUUGAAGGAGUUAUUCAGGCAUGUGUAUGAUUACAUGCAAUUUAUGUUAAUUUAAUAAAAUAAAACCUCAACAGCUCAACAGUUUUGAUUGAAAAACAGUUAUUGAAUAUUACUUCCUUGACAUUUAAUUCCUCCCCCCCUUUAAGACUUAGCAAUAGUGCUUUGUACUGUUUUGGGAAACACUGGCUUCCUUACAUUUGAUGGUAGCCAUGCAUUUUAGGCCCUUUGUCAAUAUUUAUUCAUUACAGAAGAACUUUAGAAGUCUGAAAAGCAUGCCAUAUUACAGUAAGAAUAACAAGCAAUUUCAGUAUUUAUUCAGAAGUUGUUGUUGAGUUCAGGGAAAGUGUUGUAGGCUUUCUGACUCUGUUGUGCUAUGGCUGGAUUGAAGAGAAAGCAGAUCGAAGUGAGGAGACUGGAAAGUAGAUACCCAUAGCAUCAUGGUGAGUUUUCAGUGAGCGUUGCAGUUGGUUGGUGAGCGUGACCGUGAGGGUAGGACAGGACUGGGGCUAUAAGUGGACUCUUCUGUCCCUUGACAGUUUCUUUUGUGAAAGCUGGUUAAGAAAAUAAUGAGGUUUUCAUUUCUUGGUUGUUGUUUUUUUUUUUUUUUUAUAAACUUUGUUAGGAUUUCAGUAGUGGUUGAUUUGCUUUCAAGUGUCUAAACUAGGCAGGCCUUACUUUAACUUUGUUCUGUCAAGCUCUAAAAGUCCCUUCCUGCAGAAUCUUGGGCAUUUUCAGUUUGGUGUAGAGAUUAUUGGUAAGUUCUUUCUGUCCUCAGAGUAGUCAUAAGACAACAGAAGGCUUAAGAAUUUCAUUCUGAUCCUUGCUUCUUUCUGUGCAAGUCAUUGUAGAAGGAAGGAAGGGACAAGUAUAUUUCAGGGCUGGUACUUGUGAGACACAAGAAAGACUGAAACCUUUUCUUACAUGAACAAGGAAAGUAGCUAUUCUGGUGGAUUUUUAAUUUUGGUUGAAUUACCUUUUCUAAUGAGAAUUUUGUUUUGAGUUUUAGAUAAAGAUUGUGUAAUAAUUAUUACAGGGCUGAUAAAAUGGUUCAGCAGGUAAGGUUGCUUGCUAUCAGGCCUAAUGACCUAAAACUCCACGUGGUGGAAGGAGAAAGGUAACUCCUGAAAAUUGUUCUCUGACUUUCAUACAUUUAUGCACACACACACACACACACACACACACACACACACACAAUGUUUAAAAAACUGUAAAGUUAAAUGACCUUCAAAUUUAACAGCUUCAUAACUUUGUAGUUACAAACUAGUCUAUCUUUUUGUUAAAUGUGACUGCAUCAUAUUUUACUCUGGAUUUUUUUGUUUGUGUGUUUAUUUUUAUGUGUAUGGAUACAUAUAUGUGUGCAUGUGUAUAUAGGCUAGGUUUGACAUCUAGUGCCUUCCUCCAUCACUCUCCUCCUAACACACUGAGGCAGAAUUUCUCACUAGAACAUAGAGCUUACCAGUUCUACUAGUCUAGCCAGCUUACCCUGAGUGUGCCCUGUCUUUGCCUCCCAAGCCCUGGAGUUAAAGGUGAGCUGCCACACUGACGUGACAUGUAUGUGCUGGAGAUCUGAUCUCGGAUCCUUUCUUUUGCAUGACAGCACGUUAUCUGCUGAGCUAUUUCCCCAGCCCCAGUAUUUGGAUUUUCUUAGGGACCUACAAUUGUUAAUUUAUUAAUUUUUUUUCUUGGUAAGGCCUUUUUGUUGUGGUAAUGUGUGUAUUUAAAUGUUAACUUAUAUAGGAAGUUAGCUUUCUUAAAUUUAUAAGAACGAUUUGGCAAUUGAAAGUACACAUUUCUAUUUUUGUUUGUGUUGUUUCUUGUCUUAAGGUGACAGACUGGUAGGAAUAUUGGAGGGUUUCUACAAUAGAUGUCUCUGUAGGCAGUUUACACUGCUUCAUUUAUAGAAGGUGUGGGGUACAUGGUGGUCUAUUAAAUAUUUAUUGUGCAAAUAAUUCCCUAAUUUAUAUAGCUUAAACCCUCUGUUACUUGAGUUUAGGGUCAUAUAGCAAAUUUUGUUACAGAAAUAAAUCAACUACCAAAUUAAAGCAUCUGUGCCAUGUAGAUAAUAGUUACUGAGAAGUGACUGGUAUUAGUUUAGUCAUCAGAAUCCCCGUCAUUUUGAUUGCACUUACAAGUCACUUCUAAACUGAUCUAAAAUAUGCUUGUGUAUACUUACAAUUGCAUGGCUUUCUGACUCGAGUUCUUGUUGUAAACAUGCAUAUUUUGUUCAUGUGUCUUGAGAGAACAAGCAUUGUGACAUAUCUGGCUAAUUUAAAAUAGUGAAGCACAGUUUGAGUCCAGUUUUUGAGGUAUGGAGUUUUAGCUGUCGUGGCUGGGUUUUACUCAAUCUCAAAUAAUAGGGCUCUGGUUAUUUUGCAGAGUGUCUCUGAAGAAUGGACAGAAUUGCCCUGGCUAACUACAAGCUACGGUUCACAGUGGAUAAAUGUUGGCGUGCUUUUUUACUUUCUGACUUUUUAAAACUUUAUUUCAUAUCUUAUAGUUUCCAAUCAAUCUUAAUAUGAAUGCUGUUAUGAAAUUCAGUACAAAAUCUUUUCUUAAAUAGUUUAAAAGUAAAAUGUGUUUGUAGUGUUCUUCAAUGAUUUAGCAUUUCUGAAAAUGUCAUGUUCUCAAAAUUUACCCUAGCCCGAAAUGGGGUAUAUAUUCAUCUGAGAAAAUGAAGUAAUUAGCUUAAGGGAUAUAUAGUUUUUUUAUCUUUUAGUUUUCAGUUUUGUAUUUUAAUUUUUUGAAUGAUUAGGUAGAAUAUGGUACCAAAUAGCAAAUUAUAAAUUGCAUGGUUAAAGAAAGACAUUAUAUUAUACCUAAGAACCUUGUAAUUACUAAUUGAUUAAUGGGAACAUUUGCUUUCACCAUGCUUAAUAUUUAGAUGUUCAUAAAACAUUUUGAAGUGGGAAACAUUCUUUAUAAUAUAGACUUAUAUUUAAGACAUUGAUUUGCAUGUCUAUAAAAUUAAUCCUCAUUGGCCAAUAAAUUGCAUUUUAUAGAAUAAAAGGUAAAUUUUUAUUAGUGGUUUAUUGCUAGUGAAAGUGAAAUGUAAAAAUGAAUUGUAUAUGACUCUUAUUUUAUGCCAGGACAGCUUACAAAACUCAAUUUCUGGUGGCUUCUGUUUCAGAGAUGCCCGCGUGGUAAAAGACAUGGCUACGGGGAAGUCCAAGGGAUAUGGCUUUGUCUCCUUUUUCAACAAAUGGGAUGCAGAAAAUGCCAUUCAGCAGAUGGGUGGCCAGUGGCUUGGUGGAAGACAAAUCAGAACUAACUGGGCAACCCGAAAGCCUCCAGCUCCAAAGAGUACAUAUGAGUCGAACACCAAACAGCUGUCAUAUGAUGAGGUUGUAAGUCAGUCGAGCCCCAGCAACUGCACUGUGUACUGUGGAGGAGUGACGUCAGGACUGACAGAACAACUAAUGCGUCAGACUUUUUCUCCAUUUGGACAAAUAAUGGAAAUUCGGGUCUUCCCAGAUAAAGGAUAUUCAUUUGUUCGGUUCAAUUCCCAUGAAAGUGCAGCACAUGCGAUUGUUUCUGUUAAUGGUACUACCAUUGAAGGGCAUGUGGUGAAAUGCUAUUGGGGCAAAGAGACUCUUGAUAUGAUAAAUCCCGUGCAACAGCAGCAAAAUCAAAUUGGAUAUCCACCAGCAUAUGGCCAGUGGGGCCAGUGGUAUGGAAAUGCCCAACAGAUUGGCCAGUAUGUGCCUAAUGGCUGGCAAGUACCUGCCUAUGGAAUGUAUGGCCAGCCGUGGAGCCAGCAGGGAUUCAAUCAGACCCAGUCUUCUGCACCGUGGAUGGGACCCAAUUACAGUGUGCCGCCUCCUCAAGGACAGAAUGGCAGCAUGCUUCCUAACCAGCCGGCUGGGUAUCGAGUGGCAGGGUAUGAGACCCAGUGAAAGCAGAUUACAGAAUGGAAGCCAGGGGCUUGACGCCACAGGGAGGGUAGGAAAGCUGCUGUUUACUUAAAGAUUUAUCAGAUCAGUCCGUACAAAUGCCAGAUAACAAUGUAUUUAUUUAAAAGGUUUCAUCUUUAAUCAUGAAAUUACUUUUCAUCCACAUUGUUUCUAAAACGGAACAAGAUGGUGGAUGUCUGCCCAAUUUUUGCCUUCCUUAUCUUUUUUGAUAAAGUUCUCAGAUCCUUGUUUCAAAGACAAAGCAGGGAUUUGCUGCCCACUUUUUAAAAAUUAAGAGGCAGAAAAUUGCACAAUGUUGAACUUUUUCCACUAAGGUAGCGUGCAGUUUUAGUUUGCAUUCCUGAUAGGAUUUAAAACAUGUAAUAUAGAUGUAAAAAGAAAAGCCAAACUUGUGCAAAGUCUAGAAGUUCUUUAGAACUUUCAGCGUAUGCACGGUUCUGUGUUAGUUUUAAAGAGUAGGCAUUAUGUGACCUAUAUCAUCUCCACUGUUACCCCUUUGGAAUUUUUAAAUGUAAAUUAUUAGUUUAUAUCAUUUUGUAUCUGCAUUUUUCACAAAUUUGUCCUGCCUUAUGAAAAUUCUGUAAAAUAUUCUUAAAUGAAAAAAAUGAUGUUCACUUAGAUUGAAAACUUUUCUCAGAUGGACUGAAAAUGACAUUCAUCUUUUUUUUAUAUGAGAAGGUGCCUCAAGGAUCCCCUGUUGGAUUUGUUUAAAGGGAUUUUUAUCUUCUGUGAUAAACCUUGCCAUCUACCAGGAACUUUAAAAACAACAACUUGUGACUAAGGAGACUGCAGUGUGCUAAGUCCUCACCCACAUCAGCUUCAUGGGUCAGCAUCCAUGUUUACAUGCGUUGUUUCCUAAGAUAGUUCCUCAAGUGAUAUUUUGCAGUUAGCAAGCUUUGUAUGUCAUUCCCUUCCUAAAGGUGUCAUGAAGAGUUGACGUGAGACGGGUUUUACGUUUGCAUGUGAAUAUCACAUACUUACUUUGAUGGUCUUUGAUAAAAACUCAUCUGUUCUUGUUUUUCAAGAAUUUUGAGACACAAAGUUGUAUGUAAAGGAAUAUAUUAAUUUGCUGUUUUCUAUUUAGAUUUACUUAAAGAAGUAAAUCCACUUUAAUGUGUACAAAUGAUAGCUGUGAAACUGUAGAAUAUUCCUCUGUCAGGCUUGGGAUUCACUAAGAACUCCAAAAUUAGCCUGAAGGACCAGCCGGGCAAAACAUUUUUUUAAUAUUCAGAGGCCAAAAUAUGAGCAAACAAACAAAUAAGCAAAAACCCUUAAAAUCCUACCUCCUUAAACAGCCGUCAAAGAAGAGGCUCCUCAGCACAGGCUUGACUUGGUUCUUUGGUCCCUGAUCUCCAGGAUCUCCGGCAUUAUUUUUGAGGUUUGCUCUUUGAUGGCAUUGUUCUAGCCUUGGGAUUUCUAGUACAUUUCAGAGUCUCUUGGUUUGGUUUGGUUUCAGUGAUGACCACAACCUCCUCCUUGACAUCAGAGAGGAAGGAGCCCCUGUGAAUUGUGGGUUUUGAGACCUGCAGAGAGCUCCCCGCAUUUUACUUAGGCCUUUGGAAUUGGAAGCAUUUCCUGGCCUGUAUCUUCCAGGUAGGAGCACUUGACUCUAACCUGUUCUCUAAGCCAGUCUUCUUGGAAAGCGAGCCCAGGAAGGCAGCUCGAAACGUGCGCUGCUCUGGGCUCAGUUCUAUGCAGUUGUGCUCAUGUUUCAUGAAGUCACUGUGUAUUUUUAAGUACUAAUACAUUGAAAUUUGCUUUAUGGAAGAUAAAUAAAUUUUUUAAAUACUUGAAAA